AUGAUUCACCCAGGAGCGCAUCGAAACUCUUGUUUUGAAAUGCAGGGGUGGAUUUGCGAAAGCGCGAUUCCAGUCCUUCGGUUUCAGGCAAGGGAAUUACCCAGUUUUGGGAUUGAGGCAAAGGAGAAAGGAUUAGCAGUCUGGCCAGUCUAUCUGGUAAAGCUCCACGGCAGAGUAGAAGGAGGAGAAAGCUGGGAUUGGAUUACAAGUCUGGUCCAUAAAUAUAGUAGAAAGCUGGAUUUCGGAGUCUUUCUAGAUUCGAGAUGGCAUUUGGUAGUCCAUUCCAAUAAAGGCGUCCUGACGUCGGUACAGUGCAGGAAAUUUACCAGUCCCAGUUUUCGGAAACAGCGAAUAAAGAGGAGUACAGAGUCUUCGGUCCUUUGCCAUCAACCAGCAAGUAAACCCUCGUCUCGGAGCAGGCAAGGGGAUCUGGUCUUCCACAUCCGGUUUGGGAAUAACAUUAGUAGCUCAGCUCGGAAAGCUGCAGAGCAUCUCAAGGAAAGGCGGGUUCAGGAUUCGAACCUGCAAUCUUCAGGUCAUGAGCCUGAUGAGUUUACCAAUUACUCUACCCCGCUUCUU